GUACGUAGACAGAUACGUGAGUCCGCAGAGCGUCAGCAGCACCGGAGAGAAGCAGAGAAGAAGAAAGAAGAACAAACUGUAACGACAUUAAAAACAAACUAAAUAAAAUAAGAAGAAGAAGACAAGAUGGUGGCCAAACAGAGGAUCCGUAUGGCCAACGAGAAACACAGUAAGAACAUCACUCUGAGAGGAAACGUGGCCAAAUCAACGAGGAACAUCACGGAGGACAAAGGCGUGGGGCCCUGGCUGCUCGCUCUCUUCGUCUUCGUCGUGUGUGGAUCAGCCAUCUUCCAGAUCAUCCAGAGCAUCAGGAUGGGCAUGUAGAGUGAUGUCACCAGCAGGGGGCGGGGCUGUGUGCCCCUCCCCCGACCCUGCCCAUUUGAACUGAGCGGACCCAAACAUUCCUGAACUUUGACAGCUGUCUUGUCUGCAGACGGACAGAGAGACGACCAAUCAAGAAGCCCCCCAAACAGGCCCCGCCCCCUGACAGCAGCAUUUAUCUAUUCUCUGUGUUGAUUCACGUGUCGCUGCUCGCUGACCUUCUCAGCGUCUCUCCUGUAAACAACCACCGUGUGCCUUUCUCUGUUCUCCUGUGCUUAUGCCCCGCCCUCACUGAUUACACCUUAUCAGUACAGGUGGGGGGGGGGGGGAGGGCUGGCAGACAAUGUUCAACGUGCUCCUGUUACCUGUACCUGUGUUUAAUAGAGCAUUCCAUUCACUUCAUUCCACUUCUAUCCUCUCUCUCUCUCUCUUCCUCUUCCUCUCUCCUCCUCUUCAUCUCUCCUCUCUCUCCUCCUCUCUCCUCUCUCUCCUCCUCUUCAACUCUCCUCUCUCUCCUCCUCUCUCCUCCUCUUCCUCUCUCUCCUCCCCUUCCUCUCUCCUCUCUCUCCUCUUCAUCUCUCCUCUCUCUCCUCCUCUUCCUCUCUCCUCUCUCUCCUCUCUCUCCUCCUCUUCAUCUCUCCUCUCUCUCCUCCUCUUCCUCUCUCCUCCUCUCUCUCUCCUCUUCCUCCUCUCUCUAUCUCUCUCCUCUUCCUCCUCCUCAGCAUGAUGAAGGUCUUUUGAAUCAGAAGGUUAGGAGGUGCUGACAGGUGUGUGUGCACUGUGUGCAGCUUCACCUGAACAUAAUAAAGUCUCUUUUCCAAGA